UCAAGAUGGCCGCUUCUGCAUUAGCGCCAACCUAUGGUUUAUUUUAGAUGUCAACAAUACGUUUAUUGUCUGGACUUUGUUUUCAUUCCUCUGGGUUUAAUGCAUCAUGAGGACAAGAAACACCUUUCUUACCGGGAAUUGAAAAGUUAAAGGUCCCAAAAAGGAACCAGCGGGAUGUGUGAGAGCUAUGCUCGCUCGCUGCUGCGAGUGUCCGUGGCGCAGAUCUGCCAAGCUCUAGGCUGGGAUUCGGUCCAGCUCACGGCUUGCGACCUCCUCACUGAUGUCCUGCACAGGUAUAUCCAGCAGCUGGCCAGGGGAUGCCAUCGCUACUCGGAGCUCUAUGGCCGCACGGAUCCUGUGUUAGAUGACGUUGGGCAAGCAUUCAAGCUACUGGGAGUGAACCUGAAUGAGCUAGAAGAUUAUGUCCACAAUCUGGAGCCGGUGGGCUUUGCACAUCAAAUCCCCUUGUUUCCUGUCAGCAAAAACAACAUCUUGCAGUUCCCCCAGGCUGGCAGCAAGGAUGCCGAAGAGAGAAAGGAAUACAUUCCUGAUUAUAUGCCUCCCAUUGUAUCGUUACAAGAAGAAGAGGAAGAGGAGCAGGUUCUCACAGAUGGGGGCACCUCAGCAGAAGCCAUGCAGGUUCCUCUUGAAGAGGAAGGAGACCUUGAAGAGGAAGAGACUGUCAACGAUGAAAACUUUUUGGGUAAAAGACCCUUGGACAGCCCAGAUUCAAUGGACAUGCCAGUUAUGAAGAGACCAAGACUUCCAGGACUCAAAUCAGAAAGCCCAGAAGUGGGACUGGAACCAAGGGAGCCCCUUACUUCCAUAAACCCACAAAAGGUUCCCCCCAUGCCAUCUUUAGCCAAUGCACAUGAUAGUUCAGGCUCUCUGCCACUGUCACCUGAGCUGCCAGUCUUAGCACCAUCUUCUAAAAUGCAGUUGCCUACACCUAAAAUCUCUGACACCAAACCAGCUGUCCCUAUCAGAAAACCUAAAAUAACUUCUCCAGGGCAAAAAACUAAGUCUCCUAAAGGAACAAGCAUAGCUCCUGUUUCUGGAAGUCCAAUACGAUCACCCAAAGCCGUACCUAAAGAAAAGAAAUCGCCAGGGCGAACCAAAAGUCCCAAAAGCCCUAAGAGUCCUAAGGUUCAACCAAAUGUUUCUCAUCCCACUAUCAAGCCAGAAACCCCAGUCAGAGCACCUUUAGCAGCUCUGAGUGAAAAAAUGGGGAAAGAAAAUAUUCUCUCAAAGCAAGGGCAAGGGAUGCCUGAGUCAGAAAAACAAAUACCUGACGCACAGUUUAAGAAACUCUCCAUUCCUGAUAAUACUAUUGACGACUCCAUUGAUGCAGUCAUUGCUAGAGCAUGUGCGGAGCCUGACCCAUUUGCGUUUUCUUCUGGAUCAGAAUCAGAAGGUGAGAUCUUUCAAAGUCCAAGGAGACUUACAAUUUCAGAACCAGCAACUCCCAAGUUGCCGCCAAGUGCAAAUAGCUUUGGCAGGGAUACUUCAACACCAGUUCCUCCUCCUGUCGGAACCUCCGGUUCAGAUAAUUCAUGGACAAUGGAUGAUUCAAUUAAUGAGGUUCUAAGAAAAGUAAACCUGGCUACUCCUUCUAGUGCACCCCCUAAUCCUCCGUACAUGUCAUCCCCAUCUGCUUCACCACCAACUCCAGAACCUCUUCUCAAGGUCUAUGAGGAGAAAAAUAAGCUAGCAGCUUCUGUAGAUGUUAAGAAAAAGCUGAAGAAAGAACUGAAGACUAAGAUGAAGAAGAAGGAAAAGGAUAAGCAGAAAGAAAAGGAGAAGGAGAGAGACAAAGACAAGAGCAAGGAGAAAAACAGAGAGAAGAACAAGGAAAAAGAAAAGGAGAAAGAAUUCAUUAAGGAGGCCAAGCUGCAGUGGAAGGACUUCACCAAGGAAGAGGAUCGAGAACAGUUCAAGGCCAAGGAGUAUGAAGAGCUAGACAUUAAGGUGAAGUCCAAAGAUGGCAGCUCAAAGAAGGAGAAGGACAAGCACAAAGAUAAGAAGAAAGACAAAGAGAGGACUAAAAAGGAUAAAGAGAAAAAAGACAAGGGCAAAGACAAAGCAAAGGAGGAAAAACAGAAGACCCUCUCUACACCUGUUAUUGUACCACUCAAGGAGGCCCCUUUGACACUGUUUGCCCCCCCCACUGGCCUGAGGAUUCCUCCCAUGUUGCCUUCCCUGCCACCCAUCCUCUCUGACAAACUCUUCGAAGAGAAGGAGAAGCCUACCAAGGAGAAGGAGAAGAAGAAGGACAAAAAGGAGAAAAAGAAAAAGAAGGACAAAGAUAAAGAAAAAGAGAAGGAGAAAGAGAAGGAGAAGGCCAAGGACAAAGAGGAGAAAAAGAAGGAGAAGGAGAAGAAAGACAAGGAGAAAGAGAAGGAGAAGGAAAAGCACAAGCAUGAAAAAGUAAAGGUAGAGCCUCUCGUUGCCGCUCCCUCUCCUGUUAUUCCCAGGCUCACUCUUAGGGUGGGGGCCGGUCAGGACAAAAUCGUCAUCAGCAAAGUGGUUUCCACCCAAGAGGCUAAAACCCCAGCUCCCAGGACUCCAGUCCCCAAGGCUGCUCCUGCUUGCCGUCCCAGGACACCUCCCCCGCCCCCGACCCCAGCUCCAGCCCCCGUUCACGUGGCCGCCCCGCCCGCGCCGGCCCCCCAGCCGCCCCCUCCCCCAGCGCCGGCAGCUGCCUCGCCUGCCCCGGUGCCACCGCCCUCACCGGCGGGGCCUGCAGCUGGCUCCUCCAAGACACCUGUCCGCAGCGUGGUGACAGAAACCGUCAGUACCUACGUGAUUCGAGAUGAAUGGGGAAAUCAGAUAUGGAUCUGUCCUGGCUGUAAUAAACCUGAUGAUGGGAGCCCAAUGAUUGGCUGUGAUGACUGCGAUGACUGGUAUCAUUGGCCUUGCGUUGGUAUCACAGCUGCCCCGCCAGAAGAAGUUCAGUGGUAUUGCCCUAAAUGUGCCAAUAAGAAGAAAGACAAAAAACACAAGAAAAGGAAGCAUAAAAUGCAUUGAAAGAAAAAAUGUUUGUAACUCUCUGAGCCACUUUCUGUUUUUGUUCUUCCUGACUGCAGAAAUAAUGAAUUGCAGAUAGCGAAAUAUAUUUUAGUUGCUAACUUUGGAUGUUACAUGACGCCCUUGAAUUUAGUAGGAUAUAAAUUCUGAAAUGAGUGCAUUGUCCUGGAUCAGUAUUCUUAUUAAAGACCACUGUCUCUUUUGAAAACAAUUUUAAAAAAAACAGGAAAUCAAUACAGUAUUCUGAAAGUGGUGCUCAAACAUGCAUCAGUUGCAUAGUCUCAUACUACACCAUUUAUGUAGAAUUAGUGAGGGACAAAUGCAUGACCAAUUGACUACUCCACAAAGACUUAGUAAUUAAAGUUUGCUGUAUGCUUUCAUAUGCAGUCUGUAUGAGUACAAAUACAUUUGUUUUUUUAGAGUGGCAUUGUGAAUCUGAAAGGAACUUUUGACCGGCUUAUGUGACUGCGGUGUGAAAAAUACUCCCUCUAUAUGAAUUUGGUCUGAUUAUGUAAAACUAUUAUUGCAUCCACCCCGGAUUAUUCUGCACCUUUGUUAUACUGUAGGUUGGAAUAAAGAUCUACAGGUCAACUAUAGUUGACCAUGCCUCUAGAUAGUUUUUACCAGUACUGUGUUAAAUAUAUUUGGUGGUUGAAUUUUCUGUAGGGAACAGAAAGUAGCCAUUAUUUGGCGAAGCCAUUGUAGAACAAAAAGCUCUACAAUGAAAACUCACAAUCUAGUUAAAAGCAAUUCCAAAUAAGAAAAUUCGACCCAUGACAUGAAUAUUGGCAAAUAAACUGAAAUGAUGGAUAAAAGACAAACUCAAAGAAAUCCACACAUAGUUAGCAGUAAACAGAAUAUUAUAAAACUGAAUUGAAAUGGUUGUGUUUUCCUUUAAACAAACUUACACUGUACUAGUUGAGAAAUCUGUUCUGUUCGGUAAUACUGGUUAUUUAUUAUCGGAUACUGUUGUCACUGGCAGUGCAGAAUGCAGUUUGUAACUUUACCCUGAGCCCUACAGCAAGGUUACUCAAUUUGUGGCCUUUCCAGUCUGGACUUCUGGGAAAACUGCCACAACCAACUCCUUACAUAUUCAGUUGGUUUAAUAGCAAGAUCAAUGUAACCAAGUUUUGUUUGUAUCAAAAUGUGACAGUGGACUAGACUGGAAGAGGCUGCAGUGUAAGAAGCCAAAGCCUACAGAUUGCCAUUCUAUAAACCAAUGCAUUUCAUUUAGAUGCUUGUUUUUGAUAGAAAUUAUUCCUACAGUAUAUCAGCUUCCCAAAACCUGUUGAAAUUUGUUUCUGAAAAAAUCUCUGCUCUAGAUAAAUGACAAUAUUUAUGCUGGACAUCAAAACCCCUGACAGGACAUGGGGCUGACCAUACUAUACAAUUUUGGUCUUUUGUUUUGUUUUUCUUAUGCAUCUUGUUAGAUCUUGGAUUUCAUUGUGUGGCAAGUGCUGAACCCCAAUACCAGUAGUAUGGCAAGGGAUCAAUCUAUUUGCUCCAUCUGAAUACGCCAGUGAUGCAAUCUUAUGGUUGUUAUAGAGGAUCCAGUGUUCCCCUAUGGCUUAAAUUACAGUUUUAAUAUUCAAUUAUUGUUGUUAUUACAAAAGAGCUUUGUAAACCUAGAAGGGUAGUCAGUUUUUUUAAUCUCUGUAUUUUUGUGCAUCAUGCCAUGAGAAAGAAAAUCUGUAUAUGUAUAUGUAUAUUAAUUGUGUGUAUAUAUUUGUACAUAAAAACUACCAAAAAAAAGUGUCCGUUCCUUUGAUUCUGACCUUUCUUCCCCACAUAUUCAUUUAUGAACUUUGAUUAUUCUGUAAUUAUUGUACAUUUUUUAAAAUGAAAGUUUGUAUCUCUUUAUUUUUCUCUAUAUUGUCCCUAUUGUAGUUGUGCUUGUAAUAUAUUUUAUUUGCUUGACUUUUCCUAUUAAAGAUAUA